AUGCAUCUCGAAAUUUUCUGUCUUGUAUGGCUCGAUUCAGGUCUAAGUGGUAAAGAUGGUCGGGAGACUGAACAAAAAUUACGCUCGAUUAUUAAUCACCUCAAGAAAUUUCAAGAUGUAGAGCAGUGCAGAAACUAUGUUAAUGAAAGAUCAUCGAAAGAACGAGUUGUCAUGGUUGUUAGUGGUCAAUUGGGACGGAAAAUCGUUCCUACUAUUCACAGUCUUCGACAAGUUAUAUCAAUAUAUGUUUAUUGUUUCGACAAGAAACGUAAUGAAGAAUGGGCUUGCAAAUACGCAAAGGUAAAGGCUGUUGUAACUGAGCUUCAUGAGCUCAUUUCUCUAAUAAAAGUUGAUCAUAAAAUUCAAAAAACAAUCGAAGAGCCAUUAUCGAUUAAUAUUUUUACUACAGGUGGUGAUCCAGGGAAGUCAACAAUAAGUUUAAAUGGUGAAUUUGCUUUUUCACAAGUUCUAAUUGAUUGUCUUAUCCGAUUGCCAUAUACUGAAGAUGAUAGAAGAGAACUUAUUAGCCUUUGCAAAGAGCAAUAUAAAGGCAAUAGUGUUGAAUUGAGUAAUAUUCGUGCAUUUCGAGAAAACUAUUCAUCUGAGAAAGCUUUAUGGUGUAUGGAUAAACAACAAGCCCUUUCAUUUCUCAGGGCGCCAGAUGCUACAUCAAAUUUAGAAAGAGUAUUAUUUGUAAUCGAUGCCGAUCCCAAGCUAGCUGUUGCAAAACCAUUCGCGGCUAUCAGUGAAUAUUGUGAAUAUAGAGAUGAAUCUGAAGUGCUCUUUAUGCUUGGUUCUAUUUUUCGAUUGGACAGUAUCGAGCGAAACAGUCAUAGUCAAGUAUGGAUUGUCCAAAUGGCAUUGUGCGAUAAUGAUGAACAUCAUUUAAAACAAGUUCUCAUGGAUAUAAGAGAACAGUUUGUGCAUAAAGAAACAAACCUUCAAACAUUAGGAAAACUUUUAUGGGAGAUGGGAAGACCUGAUCUAGCUGAACGAUACUUUAUUCGCAUGCUAGAACAACUUCCUCCCGAUAACUCGACAUGUAUUGAUUUGUAUCAAAAUCUCGGUACACUUGCAUCAAAUGCUGGCCAACUCGACAAGAGCAUGAAAUGGCGCCAAAAAGCAAUCGAAUUGAGAAAACAAGUUCAAUUUAGUUCUUCAAGCAUUAGUAAACCAAAGAAUGCUAUUGUCGUUCCAUUGCGUGGUAGUUCAAUUGACAUUCAUCCGAACGCUCAAUGGCAACAAAAUGGCCUCACUGUAGCUGGAGGAAAUGGAUUAGACAAUCAAACCCACCAACUCUCUAAUCCAUAUGGUCUGCAUGUUGAUGAGCAAGCUGUCUAUGUCGCGGAUCGAUUGAAUCACCGUAUUGUGGAAUGGAAAUUGGAUGCAACCAGUGUUCAAGUGGUUGCCGGUGAAAAUGGACAAGGACGCGGAGCUCAUCAGUUAUCAAAUCCAUUGGAUGUAAUUGUCGACAAAGAGACAGAUAGUCUAAUCAUUUCUGAUUCUUCGAAUAGAAGAGUGGUUCGAUGGCCCCGUCGAGAUGGGGCACAUGGAGAAACAAUCAUCUCCAAAAUCGAUUGUGUAGGUCUCACAAUGGACGAGAAUGGAUAUCUAUAUGUCACUGACAUAGAAAACGAUGAAGUGAGACGAUAUCGAAUAGGAGAAUCGAAAGGAACAUUGGUUGCAGGUGGCAAUGGGAGUGGAAAUCGCCUCGAUCAACUCUCCUGCCCACAAUAUGUAUUCGUCGAUCGUGAGCACUCACUAUACAUAUCUGACUGGGAAAAUCAUCGUGUGAUGAAAUGGGUGGAAGGUGAAAAACAAGGCACUGUCGUAGCUGGUGCUCAAGGAAAAGGGAAUGAUCUAACACAAUUGUCAUCUCCUGCAGGAAUCGUUGUCGAUCAAAUUGGCACUGUCUAUGUGGCUGAUCGAGGUAAUGAUCGAAUCAUGCGUUGGUCCAAUGGGGCCACACAAGGAACUGUCGUUGUUGGUGGAAACGGUCGAGGAAAAGGAUCAAGUCAACUCAAUGGGCCCAUCGGUUUGUCAUUCGAUCGAGAUGGUAAUCUGUAUGUCGUCGAUUUAGGAAACGAUAGAGUACAAAAGUUCAGUAUCGACUCAAAUACAUAA